AGGGCAUCCUACCCCACCUCCGACCCUUGUGAUCCCACCCCAUGCCGUUUGACCCCCAGGGAGAAUGUCCCUACCUAAAAUCCAGAUAGAAGAGGCCCUGGACAGAACAGAUGCUGGCACUGGAAGUGCUGUUCCUCCUGAUGAUCACCUAAGGAGCCUCAAGGCCCUGACUGAGAAGCUGAGGCUGGAAACAAGACGCCCGUCCUACCUGGAGUGGAAGGCAAAGCUGGAGGAGCAGGCAUGGAAGAGCCCCCAACCCGUUGGGGAUGAGGAGGGGAACGAGGCCAAAAAGGGUACAGAGGACACUGUCCCUCUAAGAAAUGUGCAGCUGCAUCUCAACGGGAGCCCUGCCCAGGACAAGGUGACACUUACCUCAGGGAAAAUUGGCGACUUUGAGAGCAUCGAUGAAGCUUUGACGUGGCUCAGGAAGGAACUGGCAGAAAUGCGCCUGCAGGACCAGCAGCUGGCCAGGCAGCUGAUGCGCCUCCGCAGCGACAUCAACAAGCUGAAGAUCGAGCAGACCUGCCACCUCCACCAGCGCAUGCUCAACGACGCCACGUAUGAGCUGGAGGAGAGGGACGAGCUGGCGGAUCUCUUCUGUGAUUUCCCCCUUGUCAACUCCUUCAGCCUCUCCACGCCUCUCAAGCUCAUCGGGGUCACCAAGAUGAACAUCAACUCGCGCCGGUUCUCGCUGUGCUGA